GCCGGAGGGGGGGGGGGCGUGACCGGAGCGGGUAUAAAUAGAGCCGCCGGGGGGGCGGCUGGAUGGAGUGACAGGCUUGAGUGGCGGUUGUCGCCGAGUGAGCAGCUUUUUUGGAGAAGAUCAAACUCUAAAAUGGCAGGCAAAGGAAGUAAUACUGAUUGCAUGUCAUGCAGUGUACUGACCUGGGAGCAGGUCAGCCGUCUGCAUGAGGUUCUGACAGAGGUGGUUCCAAUCCAUGGACGGGGCAACUUCCCAACACUGAAAAUAACCCUGAAGGACAUUGUUCAGACGGUUCACAACAGGCUGGAUGAGGCAGGCAUCCAAGUACACGAUGUCCGGCUGAAUGGUUCUGCAGCUGGUCAUGUCUUGGUCAAGGAUAAUGGACUGGGUUGCAAAGAUCUGGACCUAAUUUUUCAAGUGUCCCUUCCAACUGAGGCUGAGUUUCAGCUAGUCCGAGAUGUGGUGUUGCGGUCCCUCUUAAACUUCUUGCCAGAGGGGGUAAGCAAACUAAAAAUCAGCCCAAUGACACUGAAGGAAGCCUACAUCCAGAAGCUAGUGAAAGUAUGCACAGAGACAGACCGAUGGAGCUUAAUAUCACUCUCCAACAAACAUGGCAGGAAUGUAGAGCUGAAGUUUGUAGAUCGCAUACGACGACAGUUUGAGUUUAGUGUGGACUCUUUCCAAAUCAUACUAGAUGCCUUGCUUUUUUACUAUGACUGCUCAGAAAAUCCUAUGUCGGAGCACUUCCAUCCAACUGUAAUUGGAGAGAGUAUGUAUGGAGACUUUGAGGCAGCCUUUGAUCACCUCCGAAACAGAUUGAUAGCUACCAAGAAUCCUGAGGAGAUCAGAGGUGGUGGGCUCCUGAAGUACAGCAACCUCUUAGUGCGGGAUUUCCGGCCCAUGGACAAGGAGGAGAUUAAAACUCUAGAGCGGUACAUGUGCUCCCGGUUCUUCAUAGACUUCCCUGACAUCCUGGAUCAGCAGCGCAAACUGGAGACUUACCUCCAGAACCACUUCUCCAAAGAGGAGAGAAGCAAAUAUGACUAUCUCAUGAUCCUGCGCAGGGUAGUAAAUGAGAGCACAGUGUGCCUCAUGGGACAUGAGCGGAGACAGACUCUCAACCUGAUCUCGCUGCUAGCACUUAGAGUGUUGGCAGAACAAAACAUCAUACCUAAUGCCACUAAUGUUACCUGUUAUUAUCAGCCAGCACCCUAUGUCAGCGAUGGGAACUUCAGCAACUACUAUAUUGCAAACUCUCCCAUUCCCUAUAGCCAGUCUUAUCCCACCUGGCUGCCUUGUAACUAAUCUCUAACUUGAGUAUUUCUUUAAAUGGAAUCUUGUGGUGGGAACCAUUAAUCACCAGAGGCUUUCUAAAGGGAAUCUGUGGCUUACCUCUGGCUCUGCUGUUUUCCUGGUGUGCAGUGUGAUCACACCACUAGUUCCUAGCUUAAAAAAAAAAAAGCACCUUUCAGGACCCUCUGUACAAAAGCCACAAGAAGCCUUAUUGCCCUUUUGUUAGGGGAAGGGAUCCUAUGGCCUCAUGUUUGGAAUUAGUUAGUUAUAAAUUUUUGAGGACAUGGCUGUUGCACAUUUGAUUUAGGUACUGUAAUACAGCUGCAUACUGAGAGGAAACUGCAAGAAUUAUGUCUACAGAACCAAAGACAUUCUGUCCUAGAGCAGCAACAAGAUCAUUCUGUGAGUUCCUUAUUGCCUCCCCUGCUCACUUUACACUCCCUCAAUCUCAAGUCCUAGUCAGUUUUUCCAUUGGAAGCUCUUGCAUAAGCUGUUCUCCCCCCCCCCCCCCCCCCCAACAGCUCGUGCUGUGCAUGAGCAACUUGUACUUUCUGGCUUUACAGAAUGGGUAACUGUAGGGACACUAUCCUUUUUCAUGCAGGGGCUCCAGAAUUUACUGGUUCCUGCAGUAGCUGUGUAUUGCUUUUCUAGAGUUGAAAAUAGAUUUCUUGAGGAGUUUGAUAGUGGGGCUGGUUUGAAAUACUCUUUGGGUGUCAAGUUUCAGAAGAGAAUUUCUCAGAUGACCAAUUCCCCAGAAUGUUAACUCGUAUGUACUAAAGACUGAAGUCCUUAACACAAUUAAAGCUUCAAAAACAAUUACAAGUAUUGAAACAAUGUUUGAGUAAAAAAAAAAAAUUGUCUGAAGCCUGCCCUUCUAAAGGAACUGGAACCCUUUUUUGACUGGGCAACCCUUCCCAGGAAUGCCUUUCAGUGUUCCAAUAGGAAUAGCACACCUCUUAUACUAAAGCUCAGCUUAACAAGCCCUUUCUUCGCCACCACGUACAGUAUUAAGAAGGCAUGCUUGUUUCUCAUAAAUUGGAGUGUGCCAGAUAGGCACACCUCUUCCUACAAACACCCAACCUUUUCUCAAAUAUAUUUAGAUAUUUACCAAGUGCCUCCUACAAAUGCAUAUAUUCCUGUACACCUUUGGGCAGGACCAAACCCUUUCCAUUACAGAAAGUAAUCUAAUAACUUCCUAUCUCAAACUGAAGAUGCUCCUUUCAGAGUUCAACAAUAGCCCUUUCACAAGUUCAUAGCAUCAGAUAAGCUGUUUGGAGACCUAUUGAAAUUCUCCUGUCUUCACUACCACUUAAGAGAUGUUAACUUCAUAUGAUUGCUAAAUAGUGUAGCACAAACACAGCUCCCCACAAAGACUGAAUAAGGCAGAAAUCAGGCCAUACUGUGUUAUGAGUAAUCUCUGAAGUAGAGACCCCUUUUCUAAGAAGGGGAAGAUUGCUCUUCAAAGGAGUAUGUCUUGAAUUGAGUUAAAUAGUGGAUGCUUAGCUUGCUUGACAUGACCCUUCUCUAUUGGUUAGGAAGGGUCAAGACUACACUACAGUUAAUAACCCAUUGAGUGGCUGAAGCUGUAAAAUUGCAGUGUAGAUGUUUCGGCUCAGGCUGGACCCUGGGCUCUGGGACCAUCCUCCCACCUUACGGGGUCCCAGGGCUCAGGCUGGAGCCUGAGCCCAAACAUCUAUACUGCAAUUUUACAGCCCUGCAGCCUGAGCUAGCUGACAGUGGGUGUCUAAUUGUAGUGUAGACCUAACCAAAAGCUAAAAAUCCCAAAUCUUCCAGAGUUCUCUAUAGCAGGGCCAGGAAGCUUAUUGGCACAUUAACCCAUAUGAUUAUUUAGAUUAGUAGUGAAACAUGGAUUAAGUACAAUCCAGCAGAGGACCUGGCAGUUUUAGGUUUUCUUUCCCGGAAGUGAAAAGAGGGUAAAAUAACAUGCACAUGGUAACCUUCAACUAGACUUAGCUAAUACUUAAGCAUGGCUUUGCAUAACUCUUCUUACCAUCUUCAGUAAGCUGAAGUUACAACUGUCUUCUCCUGUUUGAGCCUGGGGUGAUGCUUCAAUAUCUGGAAUUGCAAUAACUUAACUGUCAAGUAUUAAGCACAGGAUUCAAACUUCUCUACAGAAUGAAGUAGAAAGCAAGAUAAGGACCCAAUCUUCAGAACUAAAGGUGAAGGGCAAAAGAAGUGGUUGGGCAACACUCCUCUGGCACAACCAUAGAAGGCUGUUUCUUGCUAGAAUAAAAUUCCUCUAAUGCCCAUUUUCCAAAAGGAUGAAAUUCCCUCCUCCAAUAAAAAGCUAUCCGUAUGUCUGACUCUUGGAUGGCAGAUUCAUAAGGCCCACUUCAGCAGGACAUAUGUAAAAUAUGAAACUAUUCAUUUUAGUUAUUCAGGUAGCAUAACCUUGGCUAGGUAGGAGUCUAAAGUAGAGAAGAAUAAACCUGAGCCUAACCUGAAGCAUUCUUUUAAAAAUAUCAAACAGCCUUAUAAACAGCUGACUUUCAAAAAUGAUCAUCUAGCAACUUCAUUGACUUAACUGGGGGGCUUCUAGGUGCUCAGCACUACUUUAUGCUGCCAAAUAUAAAUCAAGACACCUACUCAAUUUUUUUUUGACUUGUGCAUCUAAGUGUGGCGUUGCCUUGCCAUGUUCAGAAAGAAAGAUUGAACCAGUUUGAAAACUUAGUCCUCUUUUUUUUUUUUUUUCUCUAAAGUUCAUGUGGUUACCAAAUCUACUGACUACCUUAUUGUCUGAAGCCAAAAUCUUCAGACUCAGGCAAGUAAGCUUACCAAAAGUGGUGCGCAGGAGUAAAUCAAACACAGAUAGUUUUAGGUUCUCCAGUGCCACUAACGAGGAUCACUAGUAAGGGAGGAGGAGAACUCAAGAGGAUCACAAGAGUAAAACUAUACCUCAAAUAUUGUCCCUUUUAAUGGUGGUUUUUAGUCUCUCAGUUAUCAAUACCUCAACUUAUCCUGUAUACUAACUUUAGUACCAACCCUCUUCCUGAAAGUGGCAUGUUUCUUUUCUUCUCAAAUAGAUGUGUAUAUGAGUCAAAGCUGUUUUCUCUUGUAGGAUCUAAUGGCUAGAUCUUUAAGAAAACACAA